UAGUCACAGAGAGAAAGAAAAGCUAAACAACCUGACAGGAAGGCGCUCAGCGAGGAGUUUAGAGAAGCAAAUUAUGAGGUUAAAGUGAAAAAGGAAGAAGAUGACUGAAAACUAGAAUUACAGCGGAUGUGGGAGGAGAGCGACAGAGCAAUGGCGAGUCGCCCCAAAGAACCCGCCGAGGAUCCUCGGAAACAGAGCUUCUGGAUGCCAGGAAACUAUGUGCGCACCGUGCACCGAACUGAGCAGUCCUUCCAGGCCUGCAACGACAUCGUGGCCUGCUUCACGGAGCGAGCAAAAGUGGAAAAACAGUAUGCUCAGCAGCUCAGCCAGUGGAGCAACAAGUGGAAGGCUAUAGUGGAUUCUCGGCCUCUUUACGGCUCCCUAAUGAGGGCAUGGCAGUGUUUUUUCACCUCCACGGAACGUUUGUCUGCGCUCCACUCCUCCAUCGCUCAGUCGCUCACCGAGGAGGAAGGGGAACGGGUGAAGACCUGGCAGAAAGAGACCUUUCCCAAGAAGAUCUUCUGUGGAUUCAGGGAGAGCUACAAGAGCAACACGAGUUUUUCACGAGCGCAGAAACCCUGGUCCAAAAAGCUGCAGAAGUUGGAGAAGGUCCGGGUUGCAUACCACAGGUCUUGUCAGAAGGAGCAAGCAGCUCUUGACAAGGAGAAACAAGCGAACGAAAACUCUGAGAUGAGUGAAGAGAAAAAGCAGAAGAUCAGGGAGGCCAAAGAGAAAACUGCAGAGGAGAAAGAAAAGGCUAAGGAUCGAUACGAGAAAAUGCUAGAGGAUGUGUCGUCAUACACGCCUCGCUACAUGGAGGAAAUGGAAGCCAUUUUUGAAGAGACGCAGGAGGAGGAGAGGAAGAGGAUCAGCUUUCUGAAGCAGGUGUUUCUUUCCAUCCACAGACAUCUGGACAUCACCAACAAUGAGAGUGUGAAAGCUGUUUACAGUGAGCUCCAUCAGACGUUGAUGUCCAUUGAUGAGCAAGAUGAUCUGAAAUGGUGGAAGAAUAACCACGGUCCUGGCAUGCCGACUGACUGGCCCAAGAUUGAGCAAUGGGUUCCUCCCAUAAAAAAGCUCAAUAGAAAGAAAAGAGACCAGAAGGGGAAAGAAAGUCGACCUGUGAUGAUCGGGGGUGUGAAGGUGAGAGCGUUGUACGACUACGUGGGAGAGGAGGCUGAUGAGCUGUCCUUUAAAGCAGGUGAGAUCUUCCUGAAGGUGGAGGAGGAAGACGAUCAGGGCUGGUGUCGGGGGGUGCUGACCGGCGGGAAGGAGGGCUUCUACCCGGCCAACUAUGUUGAAGUUGCCGAGUGACGUCACACUGUCCAACAGCUGAUGUCCUGAUUGUCUUUGUCCUCACAAAUCUAUAUUUUUAAACAUUAUUCUUAAAGCAACAAUCUGACAUCUAAGAUGUCGUUGUUAAAGUGUAAAAUUCUGAGGCCUUACGAUCCUAACUUGUUUUAUUUGAGUUCUUUGUAAAGAUUUGUUGUUUCAUGUUGAAUGUUUUUAUGUAUGCGUAUAAGUUUGCAUGUUGGUGUGUCUUGCCAAGAAGGAACAAGAAAAAAAAAGAGAAUAUUUAUUUAGCUUUUUUGUGUCCAAGACAUUUGGUCACUGAAAUGAAGGUGAGCAGGAUUGUGCCGACACAGGUUUACAAUGUGUGCAUGCUGCGUUGUUUACUUCAUAAGUAUUAUGUUUAAUAAGCACAAAGAAGUCACGUUAAAGAAAGUGGAUUUUCAAAAUAAAGCUACUCUAAUGCAGA